AAGAAGACAUAGUUUUGUAAUCUCAGUUGUUACUGGAGGUUCAUCAAAUAUAACCUCGAAAAACCUCGUGUAGUUGUGUUUAUUUAUUAGAUUUAAGGCGACAAGAUGAAGAUUAAAUUUACUGACAACGAUGAGGAAGAGGUUUACGACGAAGAUGAGGCACAUGAGGAACGCAAAGCAAAAUGGUAUCAUGAGUUUCCAGCUGAUAUACAAUGUGAACCUGUUGCCGAUGAGUUAAUGAUUAAGUUGAAAGAUGAGGCUAAAAAGUGCUUGGAUUCAGACAGUGCUGCAUAUAAUAUAAAAAGUGCUAAGAUUAACUCAAAUUAUGGCUGGAUGAAGACUGUGAUGUCGAAGGGAGCUGUUUCCGAUAAAAUAGCUGCCCACACAAUCAUGAUCCAAGAUGAUCCUGUCUGCAAUCUGGAGAAAAUCUGGAAUUUGAUAGGCAUGGUCAAAGUGGGGAAAAAGAAGGAAUGCAUUGUUGUAAUUGAAACCUUGACUGAAUUGUUUUUAUCUGAUUUGUUGGUGCCUGACAGAAAAUUGAAACUGUUCCAUCAAAGACCAUUAGGAAAAUUGAAUGAUUUGUCGUCAGGAAACACGAAAACGAGAAAUAAGUAUCUAUGCCACUGGUAUUUUGAAGAUCAACUGAAAGAGGCUUACACGAAUUUCGUGCAGGCUUUGAAUACCACAGCCCAUGACUCUGUGGAUGCGAAUAGGGAGAAAGCCAUCACGUCUAUGACCAAUCUGUUGAUAGGAAACGCGGAGCAAGAGAAUAAUCUUCUUUCGCAUAUAGUCAACAAAUUGGGAGAUCCUUCUUUGAAGGUCGCUUCCAAAACAUUAUACUGUUUAACUCAGUUACUUAGGAAGCAUAGCAAUAUGCAAACAGUCGUUUUAAAGGAAGUGGAGAAGAUUAUGUUCAGGCAAAAUAUUGGACAGAAGGCGCAGUAUUACUGUCUGUGCUUCAUCAUACAGUUUCACCUUACUCACCAGGAUCCACAGAUUGCUGCUAAAUUGAUCAGCAUCUACAUCUCAUUCUUCAACAAGGCCAUUACUGAUGGUGACGUUGAUAGCAAGAUGAUGUCUGCUUUGUUAAUUGGUGUUAAGAGAGCUUUCCCUUACGCCAAAAUUGAGUUGGAGACUUUACAGAAACACUUUGAUACCUUAUACAGGGUGUUUCACGUGGCCAAAUUCAGUGUCAGCUUGAACGCUCUGUGCUUACUGCAUCAAAUUUCCGAUGUAUCCAACACAUUAAGCGAUAGGUAUUACUCAGCCUUGUAUAAAAUGCUCAUCGAUCCUAAUUUUUCCAAAUCGACGCAACAAGCUAUUUUAUUGAAUCUAGUUUAUAAAUCAUUGAUGAAGGAUACAAAGAAAAAUAGGAUAUUGGCAUUCAUUAAGAGAUUGUUACAGAUUUGCCAUUAUUGUCAGCCAAAUUUCGCGUGUGGUAUUCUAUUCUUGAUUUCACAUGUCAUCACAAAGGAUAAGACUCUGUUCAUCGUUGAGCUCAAAUCGCAUGUCAGCACUUAUAACUCUGAUGACGAAGACGACGAGGAGAAAUAUGUCGAUAUUAAAGAUGAAUUGGACGAGAGAGAAGUUCAGAUUGCCGAUGUAACUUGCGAAGAAGAUAAGGACUUUGAAGUUGUCGUUGUAUCUGAAGAGAAAGGAAAUAAACCAAAGGUUGCUGGCUGGUUCCAUGCUGGUGUAUCCACCAAACAGAAGAAAUGCUCGAAAAAUGAAGCGACUGUAAGGAAUCCUCUGUACGCGGAUGCCGAGAAGAAGGCGUACACGGAAUUGGUGACGUUAAAAGAGCAUUACCAUCCGACAGUUGCGUUGUUUGCUAACAAAUUGAUCAAUGGCGAGAAAAUUAUAUAUUCCGGUGAUCCGUUGAAAGAUUUCCAGAUCAUCAGGUUCUUGGAUAGGUUCUCGUUUAAGAAUCCAAAGAAGGUGGAAGAUUUGCCUUCGCACGAUCCUACAUUCGGUAAGAGAAAAAUGUAUCAACCAACUGGUCUGAAAGCCGUGUCCGUGACAUCCUCCAAUUACGUCACUCAGGAUCAAAAGGAAAUUCCCGUUGAUGAACUCUUCUUGCAUUCAUACAUGCAACAUAAAUAUAAAGAUAGGGAUAUAAAGGAGGAGGAAGAGGAUGAUAUUGAAUCGGUGGCGAGUGAUGAAUUCGAGGAAAUGUUGGACAAAAUGUCCGGAUUCAAACAUACCGAAAAUGAUGAAGAUAUGGACUUUAUGGAUGAUUACGGAACUACCGUUAAAAAUAAGAAAGAAAGCAAAAAGGACGAUGACGAAGAGGAGGAAGAAGACAACGACGAAGAAAACGGUGAUCUAAAUGAUGAUGAUGAUGAAGAGGAUUGGUCUGACGAAGAGUUUUCCAACGGAGAUAUGGGUGAUAUGGACGUUGACGAUGAUGAUGACGGCAGUAUCGAUAUGUUCGGUGACGACGAUGAUGAUGAAGAUAACGUCAUGUCCUUUAAUAAGAAGAACAAGAAGAAAGCGAAGGGUGGCAAAUCAGUGUUUGCUUCGGCCGAAGAGUUUGCUCAUUUGUUGGAGGAAGAGGGUAGCAGCAAAGUGGCCCCAGGCAGUUCCAAUCAAGUACAGAAUAGCGAUAAAGCUGAUGUCCGACAAUUGGACUGGGAGGAAAAACGUAACAGAUGGUUGCACAAUAAGGGUGAAUUCAAGGGCAAGGGCGGAAAGAAAUUUAAUAAUGGCAAGAAGCCUUUCGGCAAGCCCGGUGGUAACAAAGGCAACGGCGUUUUCAAGAAGCGACCCAGCACGUUUAAGGGUAAAAAUAAGAAGCAGAAAUAA